AGAAUAACAUGGCAAUUUGUAACGGGUAAACCAAGUACCAACAUUGUAGGAUACAGCUAACAAUAAGCUGAUCACUGGAUUCCAGAUCUAAGUCAAAAACAGAGAUGAAAACGGGAUCCAAAGAGCAGUAAAAGUGUCGAAUAUGGCUCCCAAAAACAGAGAUGAAAACGGGAUCCAAAGAGCAGUAAAAGUGUCGAAUAUGGCUCCCAAAAACUUAACUCUCUGUAUAUAAAUGAAUCACUUUGUUGGUUUGAAUGAAUAUUGUAUCCCAAUUUGUUUUCAUUUCUAGGGAAAGUUUUAAGAAGGUGUCGGAAAUUGAUCAAUUACCUGUUCAAUGUCCAGGGGAACCUCACCGCAUUUUGAACUCAACUAAUCUACUGUUAAAUCCAGAAAUACAUCCGUUUGGUUAUGGAAAUGUGAAAAUGGCAUUUUCAAAAAAGAUUAACACAGAAAUGAAAGCGAAUUGUUCCUCUAAACCCAAACUCUACUCUCAAAUUGUGAAAGAAAUGGCUUCUUCUGACUCUGCAAUAUUAGAAUCUAAGGAGAAUAACGUGCUUCUCUUUAGAUUGUAUCAAACUUUGAUGAAAAGUGGGGACACACGAUUGUCAUCUCUUCACUCCAACUUUUCUGUGAUGCUACACAACCUUGAGUCCAACGACCUGAGAAUACUUCUGAAUAAAAGUCCUUUAUUUCUGGUUGACUCAAGUGAUAUCGUUAGUGUUGUAUCAAGCCCUGAUAUUGGAGGCAACCUUCUCAAACUGGCGUCCAACAUAGGGCAGUCGAAAAGUUCACAGGGUGGAAAAAACUCUCUUAUUAACAAACAUCAGGUUGUUAUGAAGGGAAACUCUGUUUAUAUCCUCAGAAUUGUAGCAAAACCCUCUACAGACAACAUGGAGUCUUCUCUUACGUUUAAAUUUGGAUCCAAGGAAUGUCUCAAACUGGAGAAUGAAAGUUUACUAGAUCUUCCUAAUGGAUGUGAAGCCCUUGUUGACUUGAGACUUAGAUGCAUGAAUUCUAUAGAAGUCAAAGCUGACAUCCUUGGAAUAAAAAUUGAGAAUGAACAGCUUUUAACUGUAGAGGGUAAAGCGGAUUCUAAAUAUAUGAAGCUCAUGAUGGAUUUUGUUGAAACCAAUAGCCAAGCUUUAAAUGACAAGAAAAUUCUUGGUGAAGGUAUUCAGACGUCAAAAUCUUCAUUCAUGGAAAACGAGACAAGCUCUAUCCUGGAUAAUGAUCAGCUCCUUAACCAGGUUCAACUCUCUGAUGAUAAUGAUGAAUAUGAUGAGGAUGAUGAGAUUGAUAUGGAGGAUGUCUGCCCAAUGAUGUCAUCUGCAUCUGCUCCAAUCACUACUAUACCCCAGGAAGAUAAGUCUAAAGGUGAAUUUAUUGCCUGGAUUCAGAGUUACUUAAAGGGAAGGAAUCAGGGUCGAGGAACAACACUGAAAGGAAUCCACAAACAAUUACCUAAAAAUCUGAAAAGUGUUUAUAACUUAAACACUUUGGAAAAAGUUCUUGAGGAUAAUUCUCACAUUAUAAAUCAAAAAAAAGGUUGCUUUCGACUAAUUUAUCAACAGGAAGACGAGUUAAGAGAUUGGCUUAUUGACUGGGUUCUCAGAUAUUUAAAUGGGAGAAAUAGUGAAAAUGGAAUUUCACUGGAAGAGAUCAUCAGUCACCUACCAAGAGUUCUUAAAGACGUCUACACCCCAAGGAAGCUGGAACAAGUUCUUGAAGAGAAUUCUCACAUUAUAGAAAGUAUUUAGAAGGAUCGAAUGGGUUGAGAGCAUGAAGUAGUAUAUUGUGCAAUAUCUACAGUUAAAGUUCCCGAACAAAUUCUCAAAGCAAAUGUAAAACAACUCAUUCUUUUUAAUCCUGGAGUAUCUGUAUUCCAUGUUGUAGAAUAUGCUGUUAUUAUCGUUCUGCUUGUACGGUAACACAAUCUUUAAAUUAUCCCCCUCCCCCCUCCCCGUAGACUAAAAAGAAGGGUUAUAUUAAAAUUACUGAUCAAAUUACUAAGUGCCUGAACUACUACACAAGAGUACCUUCCAUUCAAGCAUAAACUAUGAUGUUAACUGUACUGUACUAUCAGAAAUCCACUAGUAAAUCGCAUGGUGACUAAUUAGACCAUUAAAUCAAUGUUGCUGAAAUGAGAUUCAAAAAUUAAGAAAUCACACAUUUAAAAAGAUUAA